AAAAGCACCAGCUUUUUUGCAACAUAAUUGAUUACCUGCUUAAUUGGAUUUCGAUUCUUUCUAGUCAUGGUUUCUAAAGCUUUUUCCCUCUUAUCUUUGAUCACUGUUCUCCUCCUGGGCCUCAUUCCCCUCCUUUCUCAUGCAAGAACUCCACCAGGCUGGGAUGAUGGAAAAUCAUCACCCUUUGGGUUUCUCAAGCAUCUUCAGGGAUGUCACAAGGGUGACAAGCUCAAAGGCAUCCAUGACCUCAAAAUGUACCUUGAACACUUUGGUUAUUAUCACCAAACCAAAAAUAGCACCCAUGCCAAUGAUGAUGAUUUUGAUAAACUCUUAGAAUCAGCUGUCAAAACAUACCAGCAAAAUUAUCAUCUAAAGGCCACUGGGACUUUGGAUGCUGAAACGGUAUCGAAGAUGAUGAUGCCCCGUUGUGGCGUAGCAGAUAUUUUCAAUGGUACAAAUUCGAUGCAAUCAAACAAGAAGAGACAUCAUCACCGCCAUGACUCAUUUCAUACGGUCUCUCAUUAUAGUUUCAUGUCUCCAAGUGCUCCAAAGUGGCCAACCUCAAAGUAUCAUCUCACGUACGGGUUUCUCCCAGGAACCCCAACUCAAGCCAUGAGUCCUGUAGCACAAGCGUUCCGAACAUGGGCAAGAAACACCCACUUCACCUUCUCGCAGGCUCAAGCCCUGUCAAACGCAGAUAUCACUAUUGGUUUUGGUAGUAGGGAUCAUGGAGACGGGAAAGCAAAUGCUUUUGAUGGAACUGGUGGAACCCUUGCUCAUGCAUUUGCGCCAACAGAUGGAAGAUUCCAUUAUGAUGCAGAUGAGCCCUGGAGCGUGGGUGCUACUCCGGGUGCAUAUGACUUGGAGACAGUUGCUUUGCAUGAAAUUGGGCACCUUCUUGGACUCGGGCAUAGCUCAGUUCAAGGAGCAAUCAUGGAACCCAGUAUCUCUCAAGGAGUGACUAAAGGCUUGCAUGCAGAUGAUAUUGCAGGAAUUAAAGCCUUAUAUAAUGUUUGAGAAAUGUCUAAGAAUUUAAUGGGAGUAGAUUAUUAUAGAGUGAAACAUUUGUUGCUUACAAAAUAA